AUGUUUUAUUUGAUUGUCUUCUUUUGGGGCUCGUGGAGUCUGGAGGGUGUGUUUGGUUCUGAGUUCGUCUCUGUGUCUGUGAUGGAGGGAGAUUCUGUCCUUCUGUCUGUGAAUAUUACUGAAGCACAGAGACGUGAUGGAAUCAUGUGGACAUAUGGUCCUACAAUUCCAUUAGCUAAACUCAAUGCCGAGAAUAAAAUAACAUAUAAUGGAAAGAGUUUAUUGUCCAGAAUCAGUGUGUUUGAUUUCAACAUCAGACUCUCUCUACCUCUGGAGGUGGAAUAUCAAGACAACAACACAUACAGAUGUGUCAUCAACAAUCCCAUCACAAACCACACGCAACAUCUACACAUCACUCAACUCUGUCACACGCGUUCAGGUUUUAUUCGUAUAGUUGUGAUCUGUUGUGCUGUUGUUGGAUCUGUGAUGAUUGUUGCCGCACUUCUCAUCUUCUGCAUCUGCAGAAAACACACACACACACAACAACAAGAUCAGUCCGGUGAAGAUGAGAUCACUUACGCAGAGACAACCUUCUAUAAAGGACAAAUACAUAAACCGGUGAGAUCAUUCAUGACUGUGUCUCUGUAUCUGUAUUUCAGUGGUCUAUCACAUUUAAACAGUCUUUGA